AUGAUUGAGAAAGACAUGCAUUCUGAGUGUGUAAGUUUGAUUUCCCCCCUUCUAAUUUCUGCAAAAGAUGUGUAUCCUGAUUUAUUAUAUGUUGCCAUCAAAGAACGUGAUGAGGUUACUUCACUUGAACUGUUAGCAUUAGAUGUUUUAAUUAAAGCAUGUGAACACGCAGAGCCGAUGGACAUUGAGGUUCUUUUGAAUUGUCUCCAACAGAAGCUGCAAAUACUCAUGGUUGCAGUUGGUGUGGAAGAAUGUCAUGCUUCUGAGAAAAUGUCAGGCUUAAAAGUGCUCUCUAUUUCUGAGACAGAAUCAAAAGAAAACCCAAGCAAACAUUGGAAUCAUUUGGUUGAUAACAAAGUGAAGGCAAUAUCUCAAAUUGUCUCGCAGAUGAAGAACCUUAUCCAUCCUUGUGGAAAUUCUGCGAGUCAAAUUUUAUCCUCAAAAGUUGAUGGUUCUAUGGCCACAGUUUCAUUAUCCAAAUAUUCCCAUAGAAGAACUCUGAUAUAG